AUGAGUGUUUCUCUGCCUACCCCUACGUUUAAAGUGGGACUUACACCAGAAGAAAAGAAAUUAUACUCACAGUUAUUCAAGUCUUUGGAUCCGGAGGGAACGGGAAUUAUAUCUGGAGAGAAGGCCAGAUCGACGUUUGAAAAAUCGGGAUUACCGCCGGCUAUAUUGGGGGAGAUUUGGCAAAUUGCUGAUCAUAACAAUUUGGGGUUUUUGACGCAGUUCGGAUUUUGUCAUGCUAUGAGAUUAAUAGGUUACACGCAAUCUGGACAGCAUCCGACCUCGACGUUGGGAGAUACGCCAGGUCCAAUGCCGAAAUUUGCCAAUUUGAACUUGGCGCAGCCACCACGUCCAUUGCAACCACAAUCCACCAAUAGUUCGUUCAUGCAAUCGCAACCUAGCGCAAUUGUUCCUCAGAAUACGGCGACGCUCCAGUCAAAGCCUCAAGAUCCAAUUUCAUCGAUCUCGUCCGCCGAUUAUCAAAAAUUUAGCCAACUCUUCAUUAAAACUGUCGGAACACCAAGAGGAGAGUUAAAUGGAAAUAGGGCUAGAGAUAUCUUUAUGAAAGCAAAAUUACCAACAGCGGCUUUGGGUCAAAUUUGGAGUUUGGUUGAUAGGGACAAUAGCGGUAAAUUGGAUAUGCCCAGCUUUGUAAUUGCUAUGCAUUUGAUUCAUGGUUUAUUGAGUGGUGUUAUCAAGCAACUACCACCUUUUUUGUCUGAGAAUGUUUGGCAAUCAGUUCAAUCUCCUGAAGCUAACUUUCAAUCCCCGGGUUCUCGUCAAGCUUCUUAUAACUCUAUCAAUUCGCAGCAAACUACUGUCAGGCAUCCUUCUUCAGCUGGUACACAAAAUCAAUUCCAACAACCGCAAUCACCACAUAGAGAUGUUUCUGUAAGUCAAGAUGCUAAUAGCUGGACCGUAACGCGUACUAUGAAACAACAAUAUGACUCUAUUUUCGAUAAUUUGGAUAAAUCUAAGAAGGGUCAUUUAUCUCCUGAUCAAGUAGCUUCAAUUUUAAUGACUUCAAAAUUAAAUCAGCAAGAUUUGGCGUCGGUUUGGGAUUUGGCCGAUAUACAAAACACUGGUAUUUUUACAAAAUUAGAAUUUUCUAUAGCGUUGUUCUUAGUUAACAAAAAAUUGGCUGGUGAUAAAUUACCAAAUAUUGUUCCUGAUUCGUUGAUUGAAUCUAUUAAGAGCGUUGGUGAACCUCAACCUCAGUCUAAUUCAGAUGCUUCCCAAAUAAAACCAAUUGAAAAGCAAAAAACUGCUAUGGAUGAUUUGGUAGACAUUUUUGGUCCAGGCGCCAAUACCAAUAAUGCUGCAUCAACUGUAUCUAAUGCAGGUUCAUCAGCACCAACCGGUGCGAACCGCUCGCUUGAAACACGUACUUCAAGUAGUGAUUUGAGUCAUCCUGGUGAUUUACCAAAAGUUCGGAAAAACUUGUCGCAAUCGUUUAAACCUACUUCUUCUUUUGGUCAAACUUUGAUAAAUAAACAUCAAUCCUUCCCUGCUCCUAAAGAAGAAAAGGUAGAGGAAGAUUUAUUGGGUGAAGAUGUUCAUCAUGAAGCUGAACAAAGAUCACCACCCCCUGUGUCAGAAAGCAAAAAAAUUAAUUAUGAUGCUUUAAGAUCUGUUCCUCCUCCACCUGUGAAGAAUCAACCACCAACAUUUGGUACUGCAUCCUCACCUAUGAAACAACCAACGUCUUCUGGGUAUCAAUCUCCUCCACCUAUUCCAGCGCACAAUAAUGCCGGAGGUGUCUCGCGUGAGGGCUCAUUCCAACACUCAUUCCAACAACAGAGAUCGUUACCAAACCAGAACGAUGACUUGUUGGCCGAUGCUGAUCCUGAGAUUUCUGGUCAAUUAUCCCAGGCAACUUCAGAUAUUGCUAAUCUCUCAAACCAAAUAAAGUCAUUAACUACCCAAACUUCAGGAUUGCAUGAAAAGAAAAGUCGAGCAGAGCAAGAAUUAACUAAGAUUUUAUCAACCAAGCAAGAUAUUGGCAACAAAUUAAAGACCUUGAGAUCAUCCUAUGAAAGCGAAGUUCAACAAUUUAAUCAAGUUGAGGCUAAUUUGGCUACUGCGAAAGAGGAAACAGAAGCAUUAAGGUCAGAGACAUCUAUAUCGGAAGCAAAAUUUAACAGUUUAACCUCUGACUUGAAUGAAAGACAAGUAACAAUGGAAAACUUGCAGAAAGAAAAUGCAUCAUUGAAAGAAAAAUUAGGUAAUUUAAAUGCUGAAAAUGCUGAGCUUCAGAAACAGACUCAAAUAAGAGCAAGCGAACUUCAGCAAUUAACAAAUAAGUUAUCGGUUACAAAGUCCCAGGUUCAAGUAUCACUUGUUAAGAACCAAGAAUUAAAAGAUAAGCUUUUAGAAAUGGAAAGUAGUAAUAAAAGUUUACAAGAAGAAUUCAAUCAAGCUGAACAACAACAAAGCAACUCCGAAAGGGAAAGCAAAGAUUUGGCUCAGCAACAUGAAGAUUUAUCCAAAUUUCAACCUUCUAAGGAAAAUUCCGGUUUAUUUGGUAAUGCUAAAGGCAUGGCUUUGGGAGCUGGUGUUGGUUCAGCCAUUGCUGGUGUUGCAGGUAUGGUCGGUCAUAGUAUGGGUAACAAUGAGUCAUCAACUUCUAAUAGAGAUGGACAACAAGAAUCAUAUAAUUCGAAUGAUACAAAUGAACAAAGAAGUUUCAGCUCGAAGUUCAAGGUUAGCGACUUGGUUGAUGAAGUUAGAGAUAAACCAAGUGCAGAUUUGACAGGUAUUGAUGAUUUGCAAGAUAUUAACAAAGAUGCAUCAUCAUUCCCAACUGCUUCGAGGCAAAAUACUGAGCAAGCCACUGAUGAACUUAGUGAUAGAUUUCCAAGGUUAUCUACCAACGAAUCUACUGAGGAGAAUAACACAAAUGCUACUGCGCCUUCAUCUACGGUAAUGACUGAAGAUACUGAUGGAAAUGAAACUCCUGUAACGUCACCAAGCAAUUCAGAUUUUCAAUUCCCUGAAGGAUCUAAUACAGGUAUUGGUGCAGGUAUGGCCGGAAUGCCUGGCAUGUUAGUUGGUGUUCAAAGAACAGAUUCUUUGACCUCCAGUGUUCAAAAUAAUGCGGCAUUAUCUGUUCGUGAUGAUAAUAUUGACGAAGUUAGCGAUCGUGAUACUAUUGAUAAUUUAACUGCUCCCAACACUGCGGGAACAGCUGUUGCCACCCAUAAUGAGUCUAAAAAUUUCAAUAAUCAAGAAGAAUCCAGUGAUAAGUUAUCAUCUGGAGUGGAAUCUUUUGAGAUGGUGAACUCGGAUGAUGCAAGAGAUCAAUAUAACUCUCAAGACAAGCAAUUUGAAACUGGGAAUAAAGAAUCAUUUGUUAUACAGAAUCCUCUGAAUGUUAAAGAAGAUACUGAUUUGCCUCACCCUUCAAUUGAAGAUGAGUUUCCACCAAUUAAAGAAUUGGAUUAUGAUGAAAGCUCCUCUGAUGAUGAAUCUCAAGAUGAUAACUUUGAUGAUGCGGUGGAUAAUUUACCAAGUCAAACUAAGGAAUCGCACGGCAUUAAUGAAGCACCUCGUGAUGAUUUCGAUAGUGCCUUUAAUGAUUUACAGCCUGCUGCGCCUGAAAAUCAUGGAAAAGAUUUAUUCGCUGAUGAAUUUGAUGAUCUUGAAGUAGCUCAGGUUGAUGAUAAUUUGAAUGAUGAAUUUGAAGGUCAAAAUCAAGAAUUUGGGUUAUCGGAAGAUUUUACCAACGAGCCAUUAAAUCAAAGCGACGCCACCUAUUCACAACUGAAUCGUCAAUCAUCUGAACAACCUAACAAGAAUUCCAAUGAUGAAUGGGAGCAGCUUUUUGCAGGAUUUGGUAAUUCUGAGCCAACUUCGCAAGAGCAUUCUCAACCAGCAGUAUCAGAUUCAAAUCAAUACGAUUCAAUUCAAGAAUUGGUUGGUAUGGGAUUUGAUGAAAACACUGCGGCUAAAGCUCUAGCUAAGGAAAAUGGAAAUUUAGAAGCGGCCACAAAUUAUUUAUUAGAUAACGCUUGA